AUGAAGAUCGUCAUCUGCGGGGCCGGGCCCGUGGGAGCACUGGCAGCCAUCUACGCGGCUAGGAGAGGCCAUGAGGUCGAGAUAUACGAACUCCGUGGAGACACUGCUUUGGAGGAGAGCGAGGUCACCAGGCAGCUGGGCAAGUCCAUCAACCUCACAAUGUCCGACAGGGGGUUCGAGUCAUUACGAGACAGCGGAGACGUCGACCUGGUGGGGGACGUUGUUCAGGGGACUCUGGCGGUGCACAUGCGCGAGGUGCACAGAGCCAGCAGUAUAAGGUGUCAAAAGUCGACGAGGAUGCGAUAUGAUGCAAACGGAAAGCACCUCAACGUCGUGAGCAGGGGCACACUACGAGACAUUCUUCUCGAGCGGGUCCGCAAGCUGCCCAACACCAAGAUCUUCUUCAACAGCAAGCUGGUGCACGCAGACCUCAACGCCCGCUUCGCCGUCUUCGCCGACUCGACGGUCAAGGAGGCGUGGGGAGCAGAGCACAGGUACAAGCGGGUGGCGUUCGACCUGCUCAUCGGGGCCGACGGCGCACACUCUGCGGUCCGGCACCAGAUGGCGCGGUAUACGCACAUGAACCUGACGCAGACGUGGCUGGACACGUGGUGGUGCGAGUUCCACAUCUCUCCGCGGGCGGGCGUGCACAUGGAGCCGCGGCUGGCGUCGGACGCGCUGCACAUCUGGCCCGAGGCGGACUUCAUGUUCCUGGCCAUGCCCAACCGCGACGGCAGCUUCACGUGCAACCUCUUUGCGCCGCGGGCCGUCUUCGACGACCUGGCGGUGCGCGCCGGCGGGGCCAAGGACCACGCGGCGGCCGAGGCGGCCCUGACCGACUUCUUCCAGCGGCACUUUCCCGGCAUCGUACCGGAGCUGAUGACGGCGGCGGAGCUGCGCGAGCAGUUCUCCGGGACGACGCCGUCGGCGCUGCAGGACACGCGCGUCUCAAAGGUCAACCACGGCGACCGCUGCGUGCUGGUCGGCGACGCCGCGCACGCCAUGGUGCCGUUUUACGGGCAGGGGCUCAACGUCGGGCUCGAGGACGUCCGCAUCCUCUUUACCGAGUACCUGUGCUGCCCGUCGUCGCUGGCCGAGAAGAUGCUCCCCAUGACAGCCACGACGACGACGACGACGACCACGGCGGAGCGGCUGUCGGCGUACAGCGCGCGGCGGCAGCCCGAGGUGGCCAUCAUGUCGACGCUGGCGCUCCGCAACUACGGUGAGAUGCGGCACGGCGGCACGGCGGCCAAGCGGGCGCGGCGCGCCAUCGAGGAGGCCCUGCAGGUCUGGCUGCCCUCGGCCGGGUGGCGGACGCUCUACGCGCGCGUGGCCUUUUCCACCGAGAGCUUUGUCGAGAUUGAGCGCAAGAACGCCCGCCAGGGCCGCAUACUGGCCGCCUUGGCUCUUUUGCUGUCCUCUGCCUUUGUGGCUGCCUUGGUGCGCUUGAUUCUGUGCUACUAUUGUUGA